AUGCUCAUCGGUGUCUAUCUGGGAACAAUCGUGCGACUAAACCACGCAGAGACCGUACCGAGUUGUGUACGGUACUCGUGUGUACUGUUAAGUGUGAAGAAAGCAGACUACAAUUUUGAAACUGAGUAAGAACCGUGUUUCAGUGCCCAGUGGGAGAAUAGAGACGCAUGAAUCAUACCUAGCCAUGAGUUGGUUCUUGUGGCGCUUAGAAGGGUACAAAAAGAUAAAAACAGCAGCACAUCUGAGUUUAUGAAUGUUUCCGGUUGUGCUUGUCGGUGGUG